CCACUGGUUUCAUCCCAUUCCAGUAGUCAACUCCUAAAGUCGUGUCAGUUCUUCUGUUUGUUUGUAUGAUCUAUGAUCUCUGAAUAACAAGACACUUUCGUCGCCUCUGGUCGCCUCCAGGAACAAGAAUGAUUGCACAGUUGAUUGCACACGGGUCACGGGGAGUCUGGCACUAGUGACAUUGGAAGGAAACAUGGCGGAUGUCGAAGAAGCGGCGGAGGAACAAAAUUUCCACCAAGAAAAUGACGCGGAAGAGCAAAUGGAUGUAGAUCAAGAACCUGAAUUGGACAAUUUUGGGAAGGCCGAGGCGAAAAAAGCCGAAGGAAAUAAGGAAUAUGUGCAGAAACACUACGAAGAAGCUUUGAAGUUGUACACAGAAGCGAUAGAGUUAGCUCCCACAGUAGCUACUUAUUAUGGGAAUCGCUCAGCAGCCUUUAUGAUGUUGGGAACCUAUGACAAGGCUUUGGAAGAUGCUCAAAAUGCCAUCAGAAUUGAUGAGAAUUUCCUCAAGGGUUAUUACAGAGCUGCCAAGUGCCACCUUGUCAUGGGCUCCAUUGCAAAUGCAGAAAAUUAUCUACAGAAGGUGCUCGAGAAGGACCCAAAGAAUAAAGAUGCGCAAAAUGAUCUGCGCACAACAAGGAUGGUUCAAGAAUUUGAGUCAUCAGCGUUUCAAGCCCAUGAUAAAGAGGAUUACAGAAAGGUGGUGUUCUGUAUGAAUCAUGUUCUUGAAGCUUGUCCAGCUUGUGUUCUCUACAAAGUGAUGAGGGCAGAAGCUUAUUGCCUGUUGGGGAAAUACAGUGAAGCACUAAAUGAUGUACAGAAUAUCUUAAGAAAUGACUCAAUAAAUUCAGAUGCACUUUAUGUCAAAGGACUCUGUCUAUACUAUCAGGAUUUUGUUGACAAAGCUUACCAACACUUCAACCAAGUUCUUAGACGAGACCCUGACCAUAAGAAGGCAAGAAUUGCAUUAAAGAAAGCGAAACAUCUACAGUCCAAGAAGCAAGAAGGCAAUGAAUGUUUUUCCAGUGGAAAAUAUCAGGAGGCUUUUGAUAUCUACACUGAAGCUUUGACGAUUGAUCCUUGCAAUAAAUCAACAAAUGCCAAGUUGUACUACAACAGAGCACUUGUUGGUUCAAAGCUAAAUGAAACAGAGAAAGCCAUUGAAGACUGCAGUCAAGCUUUAGAAUUGGACUCAACGUACCUGAAAGCUUACAUCAAAAGAGCAAAAUGUUACAUGGAAACAGAAAAAUACGAAGAAGCUGUCAGAGAUUACGAGAAAGUUUGUAAAAUGGACAGAGCACGAGAGUACCGACGAAUGCUUGAAGAGGCAAAAUUGGAAUUGAAAAAAAGUAAAAGAAAAGAUUAUUACAAAAUUUUGGGAAUACCCAAGGGUUGUGCUGAGGAUGAAAUCAAAAAAGGCUACAAGAAAGAAGCAUUGAAACACCAUCCAGAUCGUCACUCAGGGGCUUCAGAUGAAGUGAAGAAGAAUGAAGAGCUGUUGUUCAAAGAGGUAAAUGAAGCAUACAGUGUAUUAUCAGACCGCAGGAAAAGGGCCAGAUACGACUCAGGACAAGACCUCGAGGAUAACUUUAUGCCAUCAGAUUUCGACCCCAAUACAAUAUUUCAAGCGUUUUUCGGCGGAGCACCCGGCGGAUUUGGCGGUUUUCCCUUUGGUGGACCAGGAGGUGGAGGUGGUGGAUACUCGUCUGGUGGAUUUCCAGGUGGAUUCCAGUUCACGUUCGGUUAACAUGACAUCAUAUUUAAUGCGUAUCAUUACCCAUCAUCCUCUGCAUGCCACGAUGAACAAAUAUGCUGCUGACAAGACAUCACGGCUGGCUCAGGCGGUCGGACGCGUUAUUGUUAUUUUACUUCUCCUUGGUCAAUAACACUGUUACUCAUUCUUACGAGGAGUUUCCCUGAAAGAACCCAGUUAUCCUUGGUUCUUGUGUCAUGAAGAACAGAGACGGUUAAUUUUUUUCGCAAAGAGAUGAAAAAGUAUGAAUACUAAUAUUCAGCUGAGAGGCGAAGUUCUUCCUGGGGGGGGGG